UCUGACCACAGAAUCGGAAAAGAACGACAGCAAAGACAAGACCACAAUGGGACAGCGCCGGGUGAUUUCAUCAAAUUUAUCAAAAAUCUCUUACAAGACGUCCGACAGGUGUAGAAAAACGCAAUCGAUACGCAUUUAAGGACUUAUUCAAGUGGAUCAGAUACACACAGAACGAGCCGAACGACGAAAAGUCAAUAGUUUUUCCUAAGGGAGGAAGUUUAUUGUGGCGAAGGAAAUAUAAUAGACCGGGUAGGCAGGGUGGGUCUGCGGAAAGCAGCCAGAGCGGGGUACAGUCAGAAUACAAACUCACCCUCCCAGCCAGACAUGGAGGAGUUCGGGUCAGCGUUGGAAAAGAAUGUGACCGAUUUAACGGUUAUGGACGUGUAUGACAUAGCCGCGGUAGUGGGCCAAGAGUUUGAGAGGAUCAUUGAUCAGUAUGGCUGUGAGGCUCUGUCUAGGCUCAUGCCCAAAGUAGUGCGGGUGCUGGAAAUCGUGGAGGUGAUGGUCAGUAGGAACAGCAUCAGCCCGGAGACAGAUGAGCUGAGGCUGGAGCUGGAUAAACUACGGCUGGAGAGGAUGGACCGGCUGGAGAAAGAGAAGAAACACAAGAAGGAGUUGGAGCUGGUAGAAGAUGUAUGGCGAGGGGAGGCCCAGGACCUGUUGUCUCAGAUCGCUCAACUUCAGGAAGAGAACAAGAGUCUUCUCACUAACAUGUCCAUCAAAGAUCCCAUGAGUGAAGAGGACCUACAGAGGCACGAAGGUAUGUCGGAGCGGGAGCGUCAGGUGAUGAAGAAGCUGAAGGAGGUAGUGGACAAGCAGAGAGACGAGAUCCGAGCCAAAGACCGCGAGCUCACGCUCAAGAAUGAGGACGUUGAGGCACUCCAGCAGCAGCAGUCUCGUCUGAUGAAGAUCAACCAUGACCUGCGCCAUAAGAUCUCUGUGGUGGAAGCUCAAGGGAAAGCCCUCAUCGAGCAGAAGGUGGAACUGGAGGCGGGAGCUCAGGCACGGUCACAGGAAAUGGGAGCACUCCGGCAGGAAGUUACACGUUUAAGGGAGCGACUGCAAGGAGACAUGCCCCCUCAGGGUCCAGAGGUGCCUCCUCCCCAGCUUCCAUCCCCUGCACAGGAGGCGAUGUGUGAUCAGGACACACCUGCUCUGUUUCAACAUUUUACCAAGGAGGCACUAUGUGAUGAGGAGGUGGACGGCCUGGACCAGAAGGAUCCCAACAGGCCCCGGUUCACACUACAGGAGCUGAGAGACGUUCUGCAUGAGAGGAACGAGCUCAAGUCCAAAGUGUUCGUGCUGCAGGAGGAGGUCGCCUACUACAAAAGUGAAGAGGUGGAGGAUAAGACCGGGCCUCCCACUCCUUCCCCAUCCCCCGAACAGCUGAGGACACGGCCCCGACACAACGCACAGCCUGAGUCAGGAAUCAAACGCCUGUUUAGCUUCUUCUCUCGUGACAAGAGGCGGAACUCCCAGCGGAAUGCACAGUUUGAUGACAGCUUCAUCUCGUGGGCGGGGAAUGAUGAGGUGUACACAGAACAGGCCCAGGAGGCUUUGCAGCACAUGUAGUGAUUGGACAGCGUUUGAUGAUGUCACUCAGAACUCUUUCCCUGUUACGUUGCAAUGCACUUAAAGGCAUCGUAAAGGUUAGCUUAUUGCACAGUACACACACCUACAGCUCAGCACAGACAUCCUACUUCUGAAAUACAUACUGACACUGAAAUACCAUCAGCUCUAAGUAACAGAGUCAUUCACCCAGCAUCCAGAGUAGUGAAACCUAACCAUCCUGGCUUUGGCAGUAAAAUCCUUGCCUUGCCUUGGGACUGUGCUUAGUGUGCCUGCUGCAGCACAAUGGGAUUGUAUGACAUUUUUGCUUCUAAGUGACAGGAAUCACAGAAGGUUGAGGUUGAAGAGGAGCCUUUCUUUAUCCCAAAGUGAAACCCACCAGAAUUGAUGGAUGCUCAGAGCGGUUCCCUUUGUGUUAGAACAGGCAGGGAUACACUAGGCGUGUGAGAGAUACACAGUCAGGCUUGUGGAACGAGGUGACAGGAGAGCGAGAUAGAGGAACCACACAAGACACUCCAGAUAGAGAAUCAUGGGACACAGAAGAAGAAAGAAGAGGGUUCAAUCCAGUAAAAAAACCUUGAAGACAAGUGGGCAUGUUUUUUUAAAUUAUUCAAAUAAUGGUGGCAGUGCUGACCCAGAUGUAGUAGGCUCGGAACCAUCUUUAUACUCCCUUGGCCCUGAGCUAGACUAGUCAUGUCCUUAGAGGCAGCUAAGGCACUAUGGCUAGGCACUCCUCACCAGCUAAAAAGUGUGUGAACAGAUGUGGUGGUUUUUUUACAGAUCGACCUUGCACAUAAAUUAAUACGUUACUGGGUGUUGAGAUGGGAUUGCCCAAUUUAAAGAAAAUGUUAUGGGUUUAUAUUUUUCCAAUGGUGAAUGAAGCACAGAAGGUUGUAGUUUUACAAUGUCUUAUGGAAAGACAGUAUUUUUGUUUUGGAAUUAUUUGACUAGAUGCUGCUUGCUGCUGCUUUUUGUUUUCAGGACUAGCCAAGUGGUGUACAUAUGAAGCAAGAGAGACAAAAAUAUGCAAGUUUGGCUAACUGUAUUUGAUAUAUACAUGUACAUUUUGAAUGGGCGCCAUGUUGGAACCAAAUGUGACAACACAAACUAAAAAGAGAAUGCAAAUUUGAACGUCGUUGUGGAAUAUUUGGUUUAAACAUGGAUGACAGUUUGCCAAACUCUGUGCUGUGGCCGCAAGAUGGUUUGUGAGAAGUAAAAUGGUUAGUGUGGAUGAGGGAGGUUCUUGAUAAUGAGUAGUCCUGACUUCAGCAGUCAGGCAGACAUAACGCCUCAGCCUCACUAUGCUAAGAGAUCAUUAAUACUAUUACUAUGACUGGACAACUUCUCAAUCGUUUAUUUUAUGAUGCAAGACACUUAAUCAAGGCGCAAAACUAGGCCAACACUUAUUUGUGACAAAAGGGAUUGAUAGUCGAGAAAGGUUGUAUCUUGUCUGGUGGCAACAUCUACACCAAAAUGUACACAAAGGGGAAAUAAAUACAGAAUCUAUCCAAACAAGGGAAGAUGAGGGAAGAUGUCAAUAUAUGCAAGACAUCCUUCUUUUGCAACAAACUUUAUGGACCCGCUUCACACCAAGUAGAUUUCUAUUGGAAGGAUUUUAAAUAUGAUAAAUGUCUCAGUUUUCAUACAGCUUGUUGCCUUUUUUUCAGACAUGCAAACUCAAUAAAUAUGGUGAUCCCCAGAAUGUU